AUGUCCAUUUCCAACGAAGCUCUCCAAAAGCUCGCGCAAGAGAUCGAGACGCAGGCUAUCCAGGCACAGCAGCAGAUCAAUGUCGUCAAGUCACAAAUAGCUGUGAAGCAGCGCGACAUGCGACUCCUGCAGCUGACCUCGAGCGAAGUAUCUACGCUACCAGAAAAUACAAAUAUAUACGAGGGGGUUGGCAAGAUGUUCGUCUUUAGCCCUACGACCGAGGUUGAUAAAAGAUUAACAUCGGAAACUGCUGGGCUCAAGACCGACGUCGAGUCCUUAAACAAGAAAUUACACUACCUCGAGACAACAUACAAAAAUAGCCGUGAACAUAUGGAGCAGAUCUUCAAGAGCGGAGGGCGCGCAUAA